AUGUCGAUCGCAUCGCUUGCUCCUGCCAACAGCAAGAAGGCCAGGACGACGGCGAUCAACUCGUUCACGACGUUCCUGGCCGCGGAGAGCAUGACACUCGAAGCCACCCACCAGCUCAAGGACGGGGAUAAGACAGGUAAGGUAUUGCGUAUUAUACUAGUCAAGUAUGCAUAUUCGUUAGCCACAUCAGCCGAAAAGGUAAGAGCGACCAAUACGUGUCUAGCAUACUAUGGCAACGUCAAGAAUUGGCUAGUAGAUAAGUACCCACUGCAAGGAGCUUUAGUUAAAUCUCAGCUCCAAAAAAUUCUAUCUGGGCUGGGUAAGUAUUGUAGGAACCGAGAGGAGGUCGGCGACGAGAAGAAAGCACCCCCGUGCUCUAAACAAGACUUAGAAACUAUGGUGUCUCUACUGUACUCAACGGCUGCGACGGAGAUUGAAUACCUCGACGCGGCCCUAGUCGUGAUGAUGUGGUACCUUUACGGUCGAAGCUCGGACGCGGAAACAGUCGAGAAGAGCCAGCUAUCCAUCUUGCCUGGGAAGUAA